GUGGACACAGAAGUGACAAGGGGGAAAGAAGAAAUUGGUUGGAGGAAGCUCUACCACGGGGCAGGACCAUCUAGUCUCCUGGCAACAUGCCCAGGGCUCAAAGCGUGAGGGACAGAGGUGCCAGGCAGAUGCGCUGGGCGUCUCCAAGGUUCCCGGGGGUCGGCGUAGGCAGGAACAAUCCCCAGGGCAGCCUGCAGAGGACAGUUCCUCGGGUCCUGCAUCCACCACUCUGGGCACCUGGAACUAGGAUGAGAUUCCCCCGUAGCGUGGAGGGAAUUACAGGAGAGAAGUCCUUGGUUUACUCCACUGUAAUUUGGGGUGCAUAGAUGGAGUGAUCCCGAGGGUCCUGCAGCUCGUAGAAGAGUCUUUUGCCCUUGGUUCUCCAUCCCUGACCCACUGUCUCCAAGUCUUCCGGUUAGAAAAUGCUUUCUACUCCUUCGAGGUCCUUCUGAGCAGGGGGCAGCCUGGGGGCCUGGGGACCUGGGGACCUGGGUGGUACAGAAUGAGGCAGAGCAUUGGACCACGUCUUUGUUGGCACCUGGGGGUCCUCAUUUGGAAGUGGGUGGAGUCACUGCCCUGGUUGGAGUGAGGAGGCCUCCGGAGUGAACUGGACACCAGGACAGUGGCGGGAAAGAGGGGAGCAAGAGAGGCUUCUGAGGUCCUGCACAUCGCCCCUGGAGCCGGCAGGUCCUGCUCCUUUGCCCCUCCGGCGUAGGGAGAGUCGCUGCCUUGACUACACCCAAACAAAGAGCUCCACGCAGGAGAUUGGCGAGGAGCUGGUCAACGGCGUCAUCUACUCCAUCUCCCUGCGCAAGGUUCAGGUGCACCACGGCGCCAACAAGGGCCAGCGCUGGCUCGGGUAUGAAAAUGACUCGGCCCUGAACCUGUAUGAGACCUGCAAGGUGCGGACCGUGAAGGCAGGCACGCUGGAGAAGCUGGUGGAGCACCUGGUGCCCGCCUUCCAGGAGAGCGACCUCUCCUAUGUCACCAUCUUCCUGUGCACCUACCGAGCCUUCACCACGACCCAGCGGGUCCUGGACCUGCUGUUCCAAAGCCGGAGGGUCAGCCAGUAACACUAGACGUCAUAGCAGGUACGGUAGAUGUGACGCCCUCACGGCCUCCUCUAGAUACGGGUGCAUCCUCCCUUAUUCCAGCGAGGACGGCGGACCUCAGGACCAACUGAAAAAUGCCGUCUCCUCCAUCCUGGGCACCUGGCUGGACCAGUACUCCGAGGACUUCUGUCAGCCCCCGGACUUCCCGUGCCUCAAGCAGCUGGUGGCCUACGUGCAGCUCAACAUGCCCGGCUCCGACCUGGAGCGCCGCGCCCACCUUCUCCUGGCCCAGCUGGAGCGCACAGAGCUCACCAAGGCAGAGCCGGAGGCUCUGGCUCCAGCUCUGAAGCCGACUGCAGCCCUCGAGCCAGUGCCGGCUCCAGCUCUAGCACCCAGGCCGGUGCCAGGUCCAGACCUCGAGCCAGCUCUGGCACCAGCACCAGCUCCAGCCCCAGAGCCUUCCUGGCCUUCGCCCGUGGCUGCAGAGAACGGGCUGGGUGAGGAGAAGCCUCACCUCCUGGCGUUCCCGCCCGACCUGGUGGCAGAGCAGUUCACGCUGAUGGACGCGGAGCUGUUCAAGAAGGUGGUGCCCUACCACUGCCUGGGCUCCAUCUGGUCCCAGCGGGACAAGAGGGGCAAGGAACACCUGGCUCCCACCGUCCGUGCCACCGUCGCCCAGUUCAACAGUGUGGCCAACUGCGUCAUCACCACCUGCCUCGGGGACCGAAGCGUGACGGCCCGCGCCAGGGCCCGGGUGUUGGAGCACUGGAUCGAGGUGGCCCGGGAGUGCCGGGUCCUCAAGAACUUUUCGUCCCUCUACGCCAUCCUCUCUGCUCUGCAGAGCAACUCCAUCCACCGGCUGAAGAAGACGUGGGAAGAAGUUUCCAGGGACAGCCUCCGCAUCUUUCAGAAGCUGUCAGAGAUUUUCUCAGAUGAGAACAACUACUCCCUAAGCAGAGAGCUGCUCAUCAAGGAGGGGACCUCCAAGUUUGCCACCCUGGAGAUGAACCCCAAGAGAGCCCAGAGGCGGCCGAAGGAGGUGUUGUCACAGGGUGUCAUCCAGGGCACCGUCCCCUACCUGGGCACGUUCCUCACAGACCUGGUGAUGCUGGACACUGCAAUGAAGGACUAUCUGUAUGGGAGACUGAUCAACUUCGAGAAGAGGAGGAAGGAGUUCGAAGUGAUCGCCCAAAUCAAGCUGCUGCAGUCGGCCUGCAACAAUUACAGCAUCGCAGCCGAAGAGCACUUCGGAGCCUGGUUCCGGGCUAUGGAGCGGCUCAGCGAGGCUGACAGCUACUCCUUGUCGUGUGAGCUGGAGCCCCCUUCCGAGUCGGCCAGCAACACCCUCAAGGUCAAGAAGAACACGGCCAUCGUCAAGCGCUGGAGCGACCGCCAGGCCCCCAGCACGGAGCUCAGUACCAGCAGCAGCUGCCACUCCAAGUCCUGUGACCAGCUCAGGUGCGGCCCCUACCUCAGCAGCGGGGACAUUGCCGACGCACUGAGUGUCCACUCGGCCGGCUCCUCCAGCUCCGAUGUGGAGGAGAUCACCAUGAGCUUUGUCCCAGAGUCCCCUGACGGCCAGGAGAAGAAGUUCUGGGAGUGCACCUCCCAGUCGUCCCCGGAGACCUCCGGCAUCAGCUCGGCCUCCAGCAGCACCUCGUCCUCCUCAGCCUCCACCACGCCCGUGGCCACCACGCGCACCCACAAGCGCUCCGUGUCAGGGGUCUGCAGCUACAGCUCCUCCCUGCCCCUCUACAACCAGCAGGUGGGCGACUGCUGCAUCAUCCGGGUGAGCCUGGACGUGGACAACGGCAACAUGUACAAGAGCAUCCUGGUGACCAGCCAGGACAAGGCUCCAGCUGUCAUCCGCAAAGCCAUGGACAAACACAACCUGGAUGAGGAUGAGCCAGAAGACUACGAGCUGGUGCAGGUUAUUUCGGACGAUCGAAGAUUUCCAGCAGCUCUAGGAUUUUCUGCAACUCUUCACACAAUUGAUUUCACCCAGAAACUCACUAGAAGGCGUCCUGCCUCUCUCUGUCCGGCAUGUGGUGGCCACUCAUCUGGGCUGGCGUCUGAUGAAUCCCGGGGGCCGUCCUGCACAGUGCAGGGUGUUCAGCAGCCUUCCUGGCCUUGGCCCACUGGACACCAGGUAACACCCUCUCCCCAGCUGCGACCACCAAAAGUGUCUCCAGACUGCCACGUGUUCCCCGGGCACAAAAUCGCCCGGGUUGAGAACCACUGGUCCAGGGACCAAGACUGUCCUCUCGCUGCAGCUGAUGUCCCUUGCCUGUCCCUCUUUUCUUGCUGGGCCUAAAUCAGGGGGGAGGAAGACCUCGAAAUCAUUGAGGGGACCGAUGGAGAAAGAGUGCCCCCUCUCCGCGCUGGGUUCCAGUGUGUUAGCCGGAAAUGGCGCGAGACCCCUGAACUGACCUGGAAAGGACCGUAUGGCUGGCUUAGGGCGGAGGGUUGUCCUGCCUUCAUUAGGCCUGGCCCGUUUUCCCUCCAGUUCAGCUCAAAAGGAAAUAGAGUCGCAUUUCUGCAAAUCCAUGGGUAUUGCUACCAGGACACCAAAAUCCAGGUGCUCAAGUCUCUUAUAUAAAAUGGUGCAGUGUUUGCAUAUAACCUACCCACGUUUACCUGCGUACUUUAAAUCAUUUCUAGAUUACUUAUAAUACUUAAUACAAUGUAAAUGCUAUGUAAAUAGUUGUAAAUGCCAUGCACACGUUAUGUGAAUAGUUGCCAGCGAGAGGCAAACUCAAGUUUUGCUUUUGGGAACUUCCUGGAAUUUUUUUUUUAACGUUUUCCAUCUUCAGUUGGUUGACUCCCCAGAUGCGGAACCCUCAGACAUGAAGUUGGUUUGCAUUUGGGGCCAUGUUGUUUGCUUUGGUUUCAUUUUGCCUAGCACUUAUGGUUUAAUUCACAUUAGGUAAAAUACAAACAAUGGGGUCCCAUCAUGCUUUGCCUUAGAAGAAGGAGCAAGAGAGAAUUCUCACCUACUGGGCUGAUGAGACUGACACUCAUAGGAUUUUGCUGCUGGGGUCCCCCUGACCUUCCUGGGGUACAGAGUAGCAGAGCUGGAAGGGCCAAAUGCUACAGCGGGUGUUCAGGAAAUGUUGUUGAACGAAUGAGUGGAGGAAAGAAUGAAUGUUCGUCUAGUACAGAGGCUCUUGGUCUGGGGUCCACGAGUCUGCCAAAAAUUGUGUACAGAUGACUGCACAUGUGUGCGUUGUUGGGGGAAUGGAGACCAAACAUUCAUCAGCUUCUCGAAGGGGUCGUGACCCACCGAAGACAAGAGGAAAGAACGGCCCCUCCUCCCCUUACGGCCGAGGCCACUGAGGCCUGCAAGGGCAGUGGUGGCAGCAGGCUGCCUGGGGACGCCAGCGAGCUGGCGACAGAGCCAGGAUCAGACCUGGCGCCCAAUGUGGAGCCCCCGUGUCCCCCGCCCAGCAGCCCCUACUCACACUCCAUGCCUGCCAGGGGCAUCUUAUAGGCCAAUGUCAGGGCACGGGGGUCAGUGACCUUCAGACACCUGGCCAUCCUGCCAGUAUCGUUCAAGGGACAGCCCACCUUCUCUGCGAUCUGGGGGUUGGGGAGAGGCGGUGCUCAGGGCAGAGAACACGGGGUCCAGGACAGAAAGUGGAAAGGAGGAAGGCUCCUCCCCCCCCACAGCUCCUCCUUUUACCUUUUUGGCCCAGAAGAGGGGGUUCUUCUGGAUGGCCCAGGGGCACAGUGCCACACCACUCUGGCUGAUGGCUCUCUUGAUGAGGCCCUUGUUGUAGGGAGAGAGGGUCUGCAAUACACAGAGGUCCUGUCACCAACCUCGCCCGCCCCCGACCCCCGUCUCCAGGGCUCGGCCAAGGACACCCCACACGUCAGCUCCAGCCCCCCUACUCCCUAUCUGCAUCACCCCUUCCCACACCUUAGGGGUCCCCAGACCUGCAGAGAGACGCUGGCCCCUCCGGCUGAUUCCCCAAAGAUGGUGAUGUUGUCAGGGUCUCCCCCAAAGGCUGCAAUGUUCCUCUUCACCCAAGCGAUGGCCAUGUGCUGGUCCCGAAGGCCAUAGUUACCUGGGGACAGGGUAAGGGCCUUCAGCGGGGACCCUCGGCCCAGACCGGGGUGCUAGGGGCCGGGCCCACACAAGGUGCGCUGUCCGUGUGGGUGGGAUGAGCACGUCCCUGACUGUGCGGAGACCCUCUGGAGCCCCAGGAUAUUACGUCCUGCAGCGUCCCCAGGAGGCUGGCGGGCUGGGAGCUGUGGGAGCGGGUCCCAGGCUCGGGAAGGGGCACGGAGGGCCAGGGCCGCUCAGCUGUCUCCCGCUGGGCCACACUCCCUCUUGUCUGUCCUGGGGCUUCCGCGUCCCGAGUCACUGCCUCGGUGUCCCAGCCCCUGUCUCUUUCACUUGCCUCCCUGCCCCUCCCCGCGGCGCUCUCUGGGUCUGGCUGGCAACCUCUUCUCUUUGGCUACAGCUGUGUCUCACGGUCCAGCUCCAGCUCCCUCACUCUGCAGAUAGGAUUCUGGGCCUUUCUAGGGGGAUGUCGGGAGUUGUUUCAGAACAAGGGUUGCCGAGGGGCGUCCCCGCUGGGCUCAGAGCUUAGGGGCUGGGCACGCUCACUCCCACACCCAGUGCCCCCGGUGCCCGGCGGACCUGGCAGGUUGGAGUCUCCGGUGCUGAGGAAGCCCAGGGGGCCGACGCGGUAGUUGAAACUGACCACGAUGACGUUGCCCCGAGUGGCGAUCUCCUCCCCGUCGUACAGGUAGUUGCUGAGAAAGUUGGCCCCUUGGCUGGACCCCACGAGGAAGCCACCUCCGUAGAUCCAGACCAUGACGGGCAGGUUCCGGGAGACUGAGGGGGGGGAGCAGGCCCGGGGACCCCAGAUGAGCCCCCUCCCCGCUCUGUGCUGAUGUCAGGGAAGUUCAGCUCUGAAGCCCCCAGACACAACCCAGGGGCAGGGACCGGGCCUCUGGCUACUUGGGGGCUUCCUGCAGGGCGAGGGGAGCUGGAGGGUGUGUGGGGAGAGCAGACCUUCCUUCCUGCCCUGGGGGACCCAGAUGUUGAGGUAGAGGCAGUCCUCUUUCCCGUAGGUGCUGUCCUGGGUGAUGGUGGCCUGCAGGCAUCGCUUCUUGAAGUCCUUGGCCUUCAGGGUUCCUGGGGAUGGCCGGAGGGGUUGGGGUGAGGAUGGGCCCACCAGCCACAGGGCCUGCCCCACCCUCACCCACUCCCACCUUGCCAGCCGGGGUGUCGCUGUGGGUUCUCCAGGGGCUUGGGGGCGGCGGCAUAGGGGAUGCCCUUGAAGAUGUCGACAUAGUUGCCAAAGAGGCCCAGCUUCUUGUUGACUCCUUCCACGAAGCCGCCCUCCGUGUACACGGCACCCAGCUGGGAUGGGAGGCGGGAGAUCAGGGGGGCUUGGGCUGGUCAGCCCCUGGGGGCAGGGAGCCCACCCGCAGGCCCCGGGUGCCCAGAGGCUCCCCAGAGACAGCUUCAAGGAGGGGCCCAUCUGCACCUGAGACCGAGGCCCCUGCCACCUGCCCCCAUUGCCUGAGGAGGGGACUCACUCCCCACUCGCCCCCUGGGUGUCCUGCUCCCUGAAUCUCAAAGGAGCCUGGUUCAAGCAGUGUGUCCUCAGGAAAGCCUUCCAAGAAGGCCGGGACAGGUGGGGUGGAGGUUUGGAUUCUUGCUGUGGCCGCCUAUACCCUUGAGCCUCAGUUUCCCCUCCUGUAAGAUGGGUGACGACAGUAUCUCCCUCGUGGCCCGUUUGCUUGUCCAGCUGCCAGCAGUGACGGGUGCACCGUGGACACUGAAUGUUUCACGCCCAGCCGUGCGCUCCCUGAGCGGUGGGCCCGUCUUUCUCCUCCGCUCAUUUCCCCCAACGGUGUCCCCUCAAGUCCUCACAGCCCCUGUGCUCCAAGCCGGGAAAGAACCCUGCCCCCCAAGGCCGCCGGCACCGCUGCUGCAUAUCCAGCCCUUGUGCGGAGCCGGCCCCCCGCGGACCAAUGCGUCCAGUCCUCACCAGCAUCCCGGGGGCUGGUGUUCAUCUACCCAUUGUUCCUGGAGGGAACACUGAGGCUUUCCUGUUUGAAGUCACCGCUGGGAAACUGUCUGAACUCAGGGCCGGCCCUUCUCCCCUCCCAGCGCUUCACCCCGUGGCCCAGGGUGAGCACAGGUCCAUGCUUCCUGGCUCUCAGCUGCGCUCGGUUCCAGGUGGGCAGGGGCAGGGCAGCCCCACGUCCCAGGCCUGGCGGGAUCCCAGCUGCCCUCUGAAGUCUAUGCUGAGAGGGGCCCCCUGCCUUGCUGGGUGGGGGUCAGGUGGGCUGGAACUGGAGAGGAAGGGGCUGGAAGCAACACCUGCCGGGUGCCUGGGGGUUGGGCCCAGGCGGCAAGCCCAGGCUGGCCCCUGUCUCUCUCUCUCCCCGCUUCCUGUCCCGGAGGAGCCUCACACACCCCCGGCCUCGAGGCAUUUUUCCUGAUCAGCCUCCCUGGCUGCUGGGAGAGGGCACGGGCCAGGUCAGCGCCUGGCGGGGAGCAGCUCAGAAGUGGCUCUGUGUGACUGAGAUCAGCCUGAGGGCCCCGGGGAGGGGCAGGGCAUGGGGACCCUGGCCAUCCCUCGAGGCCGGUGGGGAGGGGCGUCGCUGGCUCUGGAGCAACACGGAGGGAACCAGGGCCCCCUCAGCACCCAGAAAAGAGCUCCCCCUGAAGGAGAGUGACCUUCUCUCGGGGGCAGACGGCGCCCAGAACGAGGCAGCAGGGGUUCGAACCUCGGGAUGGCAGAGGGUGGAAAGAGCAGGGCCUGAGAGAGCAGCUUGAAGGGUGGCGGGACCCGCAUGGUGCGCUCUGCGCGUGGCUGUUCGCUCCGCCCUGGAAGUGUUUCCCCGCCCUGUGUCCCUCACGCUGCAGGAGGGCAGUGAGGGAGCUCAGACGGUAUGGCCGCCCCAGGAGGGUUGGCUGGGCCUCCUGACUCUCACUGGGGAGGGGAGCUGUAGCAAGCAGGCGGGUGGGGGACCGGGAGAUGGAGGUUACACCUCGAGCCAGACUCCAGGGUUGGACUAGCCCAGGUUCCAGGCUCCUGCUCAGCCCCUGUGGCUGUGUGAUGUUGGGCAAACCCCUUGUCUGGUCUGGGCCCCUGUCUCCCGUUCCGGAAAAGAGGGACAACGUUGACAUCUCUAGAGAGGGGAAGGAGCCAGAGGGGUGUUGUGGGUCAGGUUGCCGACUCAGCAAAUAAAAGUUCAGGCUGCCCAGUUACACUUGAAUUUCAGAUAAAUAAUGAUUUUUUUUUUUAGUGUAUGUCCUAAAUAUUGGGUGGAACAUACAGCAAAAAUGACUCGUGGUUUAUGUGAAAUUCAAGUUGAAUUGGGCACCCAGUAUUUUAUCUGGCAGCCUGAGUCAUCCUGCGAAGGGCAAAACACGAAAUGCAGAGUAAGUGCCUGGGAAAGGCUGAUACGUCUGUUGUCGGGUUCUCUUUCUCAGUCUGGCUCUUUCUGCCAGUGACUCUGCCUGUCUUCCCUUGGCUGGGCCCUGUCCCCAGUUUCCAUGUCUGGCUCAGCGGAGGAGAGAGGGACCCCCUCCCCUGGCCCGACCCCUCUGCUGGGCUCUCGCUUACCUUCGCCGCACUCGCUACAGCCAGCCAGCAGGCGAGGCCCAAGACCACCGGCUCCCAGCGCCCCAUGGUGUGUGGCUGCCUCUCUGUGGCCCUCGCUCUGGGCCUGCGGUAUUUAUGGGCCUGGAGCCAGCCCAGAGCUGCCUGAGGGGGGACCCUUUCCCCCGCCUCCUACCGUUACCCUUUCCUCCAGGUUGGCCGAACUCCAGGUGGUGUAGCUGGGGUCAGGAGGCACCUGCUGUUUCCAGCCAGGGUCGGGCUGGGCCAAGGUCACGUGCAAACACGCAUACACACACACACACACACACACACACACACACACACACACACACACACACGUGGGGACAGUCCAUCUUUCCCAGGGUCGGCUGCUGCCCUGUGACCUGGUCCCCACAGUGCACCUGUGCAGGUUACUGCCUACCUGGGAAGAGAGGCAGAUGGCAUGGGUGCAGGGGGUGUGGGGAGGGCUGGGGCUUGGCUGGGUGCUAAGUGCGCUGCAUUCUGGCGCCUCGACAAGGGCUUGCUUUCGCUCCUGGGGAAAUGGGCAGGCUGCGUCCCCCUGCCGUGCCUGCAGCUCAGCAGUGGGCGCUGAUAGGCGACUGGGUGCGUGAUUUCUGGGAUAGAAAGGGCCACGGGCUACUGGGCAGCGGCUGGCUGUGCGGUUCGAGGUGGGGUGGGGGACCUGAGCAUCAUGAGGUGGUCCCGCCCUCCAAGUGUGGGGGCUUCUCGCUGUCAGCAGCACAUUCCUGGGAGGGCAGGACAAGAGAUCCAGCCCAGCCUUGAGGGCUUCCCGGGGAAAAGGAAGGGCCGGGCUUUCUGGCCACAGGGAACCUGCAGAUACACAGCUGUCCAUCUGUCUGUCUGCCUGUCCGCCUACCAUUUCCUGUGCCCAGAUUUUUUGUGACGCAGAGUGAAUGGAGAGAUGCUGGAGAAAGGUGGGGAGGGGUGGGCGGCUGCAGGUGGGAGGGAGUCAGGACACUGGGAAGAAGAGGCCAUGCAGGCUGGGCUGGCGAGUGUGGGGCCCGGGUGCAAAGGUGUUGAGGGGUGCUGCCAGUGACAAGGAAAGGCACUUGUCGACUCACACCUUUGCCCUGCUCCUGCAGUUCUAAGAAUCUGUUCUAAAGGAGCUAAUUCUAAAUAGGGGGGAGGGGAACAUGCCAGGACGUUCCGUGCAGUGUUAUUUAUAGUAGCCGAGGAGGAAAGGAAGGGGGCAGGAGA